UUAGUGUAGCUAUUUCAUUUUACUCUUUACUAAUCGCAUGUACAGGCUGGGAAAAUACAUGGAGACGUAUUUCAAAGAAGCUUCAUGACAUUCUGCCAGUACCAGUGUGAAGAAAUGGCCAGUGUAGAGCACUUCACCUGCCCGGCAUGUACACCCAACAUGCUCGCUCUUUGUGCAGAUGGCAACAGAAAAGUGUACCGAUUUCGGCAGUCAAAAGGGUUAGAGGAACCCUAUUUUGAUGGCACCUUCAUUGCCAAGGACACUGAUGUACACCAUUUUGUUGAUGAGAUCAGGAGUAAAAUGAAAAGUACUGCCGGCAAAGGGAUCUGUGGAGCCAGUCAGUGGUCUGCUGCACGUGAAACAGCCAGAAAAGCAAGCAAACUGGAUGAAGAGGGCCUUGAGGUGGUUGUUUGCAGAUACGGAGUGCUACUCAAGGCUCUUAACAUGUACAGGGGGGAAAUAUUUGCUUAUCCGCUGUACCUGCAGAAGGAGCUCCAAGCAGCCACAAACGGGCAGUUCUAUUGCACAGAUAUUGCUUGCAAGUAUUGGCCUUAUCUUGAGAAGUUGGCAGUCUCCAUGUUGGAACUCAGACCUUUACUGCAGAUGAGACCAUUCCUUUCUGUCAUGCAUGCCAAGGCUCAUUCAACCAAGUGUGAGAUAAUCUGGAGUGGCAAAAAUCAGGAAGGUGCUGGCACAACUGCAGGGGAGGAGGUCGAAAUGGUAAACAGCUACCUGUCUCGUUGUGCCCUCACAACCAAGUACAUGACAAAAUCUGCCAGAAAUGACAUGGUAACUGUCCAUGCAAUUGGAUGGAACCGACGGAAGCAGGAAGGCCUUCAUCUUGCACUAUCCAGCAGAUACAUCAAGACUUUCAAAAAGGCUGAGGCUGAGUCUCAGAGACUGGAGAAUUUGAGCAGUGAGCUGGGGUGUCCUGAGAACAUCGUGCAUCAGUGGGUAGAUGAUGUCAGACAAUGGGCUACUGACGAUUCUGUAGGUACCAGAUGUGAUGACCAAUAUGAACGUCAGAAAUCUAUUGAACAAAUGUUUCUUGGUGUUCAUCAAAAAAAGCCAGCCUUUAUAAUCAGACUGACAGCAACAAAGUUCGACACUUGCGUUGAAGAAAAUUGUGGGAAGAGAAGAGAAAACUCUUGA